AAACGCAUCCCGAAUUGCGAGAAACGGCCCAGCCAGCCUCGGAUCCGAAGCACCCACCUAGCCUCUCUCUCUCUCCGAACCUGCCCCUCUCUCUCUUGUUGUUCGUUGAAAAUUUUCACUCUUUUUUAUCUGUCCGAACAACAACGAAACGCACGGUCGCACGCACGCACGCGCCCCUUCCCCUCCUUCCUUGCUGCUGCUGCUGCUGAAAAGUGCAAACCCUAAACGCUCGCGUUUGGAGGAUCAGCUUCGCGCUUCAAUGGAGCCUUCUAAAUGUCACUAAUGGCUGCCCGGUAGGCCAGUAGGCUGGUACCACAGAUGUGGUAUAUUUAUCAACUGUCUUAAGGAUAGUUAGUUGCGGGAAUAGUUAAAUACUAGUGCAAUGUCAGUAUGAAAUAACAGAUUAUUUUGCAUCACUAGAAGAACAUCCAUUUCCAAAUAGAGGACAGAAGCUGUAAGUAAGGAUGUUUUAAUAAUUUCAAGGUUAAAUGGUAGUUGCUCAGAGGUGCAUUUUUGGACAGUAUCAUACAUACCUCAAGAAACUUUUCUUGAUCUUCCUGCUAUGUAGUUUGUUAAAAAUUUUAAACUUUUUCUUUUGAUCUACUAGACCUUCAUAUAAAUAGUUGUCUGCUGAAAAUUUGUGGGCUGGAUUAUCUAUGCCUGGAAACGAAGUAGGAGACAGGGUCCAUAAUUUUUUUGGUCAAGAGAACUUGUCCCAGGGACAAUAUCAUUCUCAGACGGUUGAUGGGAACUGGCCAGGACUAAGCAACAAUCUGUGGGCUGGUAGCCAGCGAUCGACUGGUGUGCCUUUUAUUUCCAAUUUGAAGAAUUUUAAUCAACAACAAUCAGAUCCUGAGCAGGGACAUGCAAGCUCUCCACGUCUGCGACAUGGUUUGAACCUAUCUCAGCCUAGUUUUAGGCCUGAGUCUGGCAGAAAUCUGCUGCCAAACCAGCAAUCAGCUGUGAAUGGCUAUAUACAGGGACAACAGGUUUUUCAGACCAGGCAGAAUGAAGCUAACAUUUUGGGAGUGGACACAGAGUCUGAUUGGAAUAGUCUGUCAAGAGGAAUACCAGUGCUGGAGUCACAAGGGAGUGGUCUUGAACUCUACAAGAAAAACUUGGCUAGGAAUGAUGCUGCUGAAUCUCCAGUCAAUUUUGAUUUUUUUGGAGGUCAUCAGCAAAUAGGUGGACGGCAUGGUGGAAUGCUUCAACCUUUACCUAGACAGCAGUCAGGCAUAAAUGAAAUGCAUCUAUUAAAGCAGCAAGCAGUACUUAACCAGAUGCAAGAACUUCAGAGGCAGCAACAAUUUCAUCACUUAGAAGCGAAGCAACAGAAUUCUAUUGCUCCAACUUCCUCCAUUUCAAAACAGGCAGUUGCAAGCCAUUCUGCAUCUCUCAUCAGUGGCAUUCCCAUUAAUGAGGUAUCUAACAUUAUAUGGCAGCCUGAAGUUAUGCCAACUAAUGCUAAUUGGCUUCAGCAUGGUGCCUCUCCAGUUCUGCAUGGGUCCUCUAAUGGACUUAUGUUAUCCCCUGAACAAGGACAGGCAUUGCGUCUUAUGGGUUUGGUUCCUAAUCAGGGUGAUCAGUCUCUUUAUGGGGUUCCAAUUUCUGGUUCAAGAGGCACACCUAAUCUGUAUAAUGUUCAAGCAGAUAAGCCUGCAGUGCCUCAGGUUUCUAUCCCACACCAGUAUUCUCAUGUUCAUGGGAACAAACCUGCACUGCAGCACAUAUCAGCUGGUGAUAAUUCAUUUUCUCCUCAUCAAUAUACUGCAUUUCCAGACCAACUUAACACAAAUGAUGGGACUUCAGUUUCAAGGCAGAAUGUUCAAGGGAAAAAUAUGUUUGGUUCUACUGCUCACAGUAUAAAUAAUGGACUGAAUAUGGAGAACUUGCAGCAAAUGAAUUCUGAGCAAAGAAUUGCACCAAUGCAAGAUUUUCACGGGAGGCAAGAACUAGCUGGAUCUUUAGAGAUGUCCCAGGACAAGAUGCUUGUGCAGGCUCCUCCUUCACAGAACAUGGCUACCUUAGAUCCUACUGAAGAGAAGAUUUUGUUUGGUUCAGAUGACAGCUUGUGGGAUGGGUUUGGCAGUAAUUUGGGUGGUUUCAGUAUGCUGGAUGGUACAGAUAGUUUUAGUGGGAUUCCAUCUAUUCAGAGUGGGAGUUGGAGUGCACUUAUGCAGUCUGCUGUAGCAGAAACUUCUAGUAGUGACAUAGGCAAACAAGAGGAGUUGAGUGGUCUAAGUUUCCGGAAUUUGGGACAGUCGUCUGGAAAUGAACAGCCUUCAACUAUUGAUAGCAGCAAACAACAAUCUAUUUGGACUGACAGUAACUUGCAAUCAGCAUCCAAUAUAAAUUCAAGACUUUUUCUUUGGCCUGAUGGUGUUAGUAGGCCAAAUGCCUCUGAAAAUUAUUCUGGUGUUUCUGGGUUUCAUCAGUCAGGUCCUGAUACUUUGCAUGAACAGCAUAACAGGUUACUGAACAAUUCUCAGAGAUCAAUUCCACAGUUUUUAGAAAGAGGCAAAUGGUUAGAUUGCAGUCCUCAGCAAAAACAACUUGCCGAAGGGGGUCACAUAUUUGGAAAUGCUGCUAACUCUUCAGGUAUAGAAAAAAACCAGCAGACCAUAUUGUCAUGUAAUAGUAGUGGUGAUCCUUUCAAUAAAUCUAAUGGAUGGGAUAUUAUGAAAUUGCCAUUUGAUAGAAGUUCAAAUUUCAAAACCCAUGAAAGUGAAAACUUAUCGCAGCCCCAUCACGAGAAAGCUAUGUGUGAGGAGAUGGGCCAGAUUCCUGCUAUGUGGGAACCUGAUUCUGAUACUAAUUCAUCUGUUGGAAUGGAACAUGUGAAGUCUGCAGGUAAUAUGCAGGUUUGUGGGGAAGAUUCUGGUACAAAUGGUAUUGCUACAUUGCCAAAUUCAGGCACUGCAUGGUUCAGCCAGCAAAGCAGCAAGCAGCUCCCUAAUUUUGAUGUAUGGAGGGAUGCAGAGUCAGCAGGAAGCUAUAGAAGAAAUGAAGUUCCAGGAAAGUAUAAGCAUCAUAUGGAGAAGAACCCCUUAGUUUUGGAAUCAUCAAAGGAUGGAAAUGUAGAAGGUGCGGCGCAUGAUUUGGAGAAUUCUAACAAAAAGGAAAAAUCUGCAGAUAGUCUUGGCUCUAAUCCUUCCAAUCCUAGAGCUGGUGGUAUGAGAGAAAAUAGUAGUUUUGAUGGCAAUGAUUUGCAUAGUCCAAAGUUAUCUGGUCAGGGAAAUCGAAGACCUCCUGUUUCUCGUAAAUUUCAGUAUCACCCAAUGGGGGAUCUGGGUGUUGAAGUGGAACCUUAUGGAAUUGGAAACAAACAUGUCAAAAAUUCACAGCCUAUGCCCCAUCAACCCUUGGGAGGACAGUCAAAGUAUGGUCAUUCUGACAGGAAAUAUAAUGAAAUGAAUAAGGGUGACUCAAAAAGCUUAGAAAACAAUGCUUUGAAAAGCAUACACCCUGGUCAAAUGUCAAAAAAAUUAACCUCAUUUGACAGAAGUGUUGGGAAUUAUGCCUCACAGAAGACUGCAUCAUCCAGGGUGCCUGAAACUGAGUCUUCUGAUGGAUCUGGUGCACAUCCUCCGGAAAAUCAAAGUUUUUUCUCUCAGGGCAUUGGUUUACAAUUGGCUCCCCCUACUCAAAGGCUUCCUGUGGUAUCUUCUUAUGGCUCAUCAGAGACAGAUCAUACUACACCUCAUGUGUCUGAGACAAGGGAUAAGGACCAUACAUGGUUGGGUACUAAUCAGACCUUUCCAUCUCUAGAUCCAUCCCAUGGGGAGCUUAGGAGUAAUAUUUCUAGCACAGCAGGACAAAUUUUUGAUAAGGCAUCACAAUACGGUAUGCUGGGAAACAUUCCACAGGCUUUUACAUCUGGUUUUCCUUUCUCCAGGAUCCAUACUCAGAAUCAGAAUUUGGCAAGUCUUGGUGGACAAGUAGCAAAUACUCAAUCUGCUAAUGUAACUUUCACUGCUUCCACGAAUCAGACUGAUGAAUACUGUGAAAAAGCUCCAACUAGUCAAUCUGAAUUGGCUUCUGCUCAGGACAUGUCCCAGCUGAGUGCUAUAGACGAAGAUUGUCUGAGAGAUCCGGCCAUCCAAAUUUUGACAGCAGAGACUGGCACUCAGCCUUCUGUUACUUUCAGUGCAUCUCUACAUGGCACCCCUUCAAAAGUUACGCACAAUGUAUGGACCAGUUUUUCUAGCAAGCAACAUCCUAAUGCUUCAAGGUUUCUAUCCCAGCCCCAACAAAUUAAUGAUUGUGAAAUGAUCUCCAGCUCACAGAAGCCAGGUGAUGAGGGUUUGGAGAAAGAUGGUAAUGACCAUUCUGGUACUGGCCCUUGUUCUGCUUACUCCAAUAAUUCUGUGGGAAACUCGCUUAAAGAAAUCUCUGUGCUGCAGACAUUGCCUGAGAGUGUUGUUGCUUCUGAACAGGCUGCAUGUUCAUCACAUUUGAAAGAAACUGUUGGAAAACCUACUCUUGAUGCAUCUCAACCCAGCCCAACUGCUACUCCCAGAGAUAUUGAGGCUUUUGGCCGAUCUCUAAGACCAAACAUUGUUUUGAAUCAUAAUUUCUCCUUGUUGGAUCAAGUUCAAUCUGCAAGAAACAUGGAGACUGAUCCUAGUAAUCGGGAUGUCAAGAGAUUGAAAGUUUCUGAUAAUAUGGUGGUGGACAAACAGCUGGUAGAUUCCAACCAUGGGCAACAGUUGUCAUAUGGGUAUGAUAAUGUGGUCAAAGAUGGGUGGUCAGGUAAUAAUUCCAUGCCAUCAUCAGAUCCUAAUAUGCUAAGCUUUUCAACAAAGCCACUUGAUGGACAGUACACAAAUGCAUCUUCUCAAGAGGAGGUUGGUUAUGGUAAAAAAAUUGCUCUUAAUGUUGCUGACAGUAACAAAGCAGCCUCUGUUAAAAGUGAUUAUUCUCUGGUAAAUCCUCAAAUGGCACCAUCAUGGUUUGAGCGAUAUGGAACUUUUAAAAAUGGUAAGAUGUUGCCAAUGUACAAUGCACAGAAGAUGACUGCUGCUAAGAUAAUGGACCAGCCUUUCAUUGUAGCAAACCAAUCAGAUAGUUUGCGCUUUCAUAAUUCAGUAGAGCAAAUUCAGAGUGUCAGUGAUGCUCAGCUAAGUAAUGCUAGUGAAAGUCCAAUGCCUGCUUUAGCUGCAAAUAAGCAUGCAGACUCUCAGUUAUCGACACCUGCUGUUGAACCUGACUUACUUAUUAUGAGACCGAAGAAGCGAAAAAGUGCCACAUCUGAACUCAUACCAUGGCAUAAAGAACUGUUACAGGGUUCUGAAAGGCUUCGAGAUAUCAGGUGUGUGGCAGAAUUAGACUGGGCUCAAAGUGCAAGCAGAUUGAUUGAAAAGGUUGAAGACAGUGUGGAGGUAGUUGAAGAUUUGCCAGCAGUGGUGAAGUCAAAAAGAAGACUUGUCUUGACUACACAGCUUUUGCAGCAACUACUUAGCCCUCCUCCAGCUGCAGUUCUUGUAGCAGAUGUGAAGUUGCAUCAUGAGAGUGUGGUCUACUCUGUUGCCAGAUUAGCAUUAGGAGAAGCAUGCAGUUCAAUCUCAUGGUCCAGAUGUGAUACACUUUUGCCUCCUGGCAACAAGAACCUUGAUAUGUUCUGUAGGCUGCCAGAGAAGUGCAAAUCAUCCGAUAAAAUUGAUCAUUACAUUUUGAAAGUUACGGACUUUGUUGAUAGAGCAAGGAAAUUGGAAGAUGAUAUAUUGAGAUUAAAUAGCAAAGCCUCAAUUUUGGACUUGAGAGUGGAAUGUCAGGAUUUGGAAAGAUAUUCUGUCAUCAAUCGAUUUGCCAAGUUCCAUGGACGGGGACAAAAUGAUGGGGCAGAGACCUCAUCAUCUUCUGAUGCAAAUAAUAAUGCUCAAAAAUCGUUCCCCCUAAAAUAUGUUACUGCAGUUCCAUUGCCUAGGAAUCUCCCAGACAGGGUACAAUGUCUUUCACUUGGAUAAAUUAAUUAAUUCAUUUUUCUCUCUUUUUUUAUCAAUUGACUCCACAACCUCCAGUUUCUGGUCCUUUUCUAUCAACUUUUAUUAUUGCUCUUCAUCGCCAUAGAACCAUACAACUGGCAAUGUACGAGAAGAAUGGUACUAGAUUGCCUCUCCAAUCACCGGAGGCUGUAGAUCUUUGCAAUCUAUAUAUGUAUGUAUGUGUAGAUCUUUUCAAUCUAGUUAUCUUUUACUUUUGAUUUUCAGGUUCCAAGCCAUUUGUAUAUAGCAAAAUUAUAUAUGCAGUCUAUUAAAGUUUAACCAUACCAUUUGGCUUGGUUUUGUCUGAUUAAGCCUAGGUUCCUUCACUAAUCAUUUUGUCUCAAUAUCAAAUCAUUUUCUGUAUGCUUUCCUGUGUAAUCCUUCCCAUUGUAAAACCCCUUUGGCAGGGGAUCUUAUGAAGCAUUGCCAUCAGUAAGUGUAAGGACCUCUAAAAUAGUGGACUUGGUUUACUUUUGGCAUUUAA